UGGAAGGCGACGUGUGGCCUCCAAGGCUUCGGAGAAUGCAAGGAGAGACGACCAGUCCGACUACCAAACAACAAUCUCGCCUCGCCUCAGCAACUAUGAGGGCCCUCCAUGCACUUCCGCUGCUCCUCACGGCCGCACCCAUCGAAGCUGCCUCCUCUUGGACGAGUGUCCAUACCGGCGGAGGCGGAGGCUUUAUCCCUAGCAUAGUCUUCCAUCCAAAAGCCAAGGGCGUCGCCUAUGCCCGUGCGGAUAUUGGUGGCAUGUACAAGCUCAACUCCGACGACAGCUGGACUCCUAUAUCCGAUGGUAUCGCCCAGGAUGCUAGCUGGCAUAAUUGGGGUACAGAUGCCUUGGCUCUGGAUCCACAGAAUGCCAACGUGGUAUACGCCGCCCUGGGCUUGUACACUAACAGUUGGGACCCAAAUAAUGGCUGCAUCGCAAAGAGUACUAACCAAGGGAGCACUUGGACCUUCAGCAACCUGACUUUCAAGGUCGGCGGAAAUAUGCCCGGUCGAGGAACUGGCGAGCGUCUUGCUGUCGACCCCGCGAACUCAAACAUUAUCUACUUUGGGGCUCGCAGCGGCCAUGGCCUUUGGAAGUCAACCGACGGAGGAGUGACAUUUUCGAACGUCACCAGCUUCUCCAACACGGGUACUUAUCGCGAGGACCCUUCUGAUACCACGGGAUACCAAAGUGACCUCAUGGGUCUGCUAUUCGUCACGUUCGACAGCACCUCAUCAACCAUCAACGGGGCAACGUCUCGGAUCUUCGUUGGUGUUGCGGACAACGUCACUGCUUCUGUCUACGAGUCUACCGACGCCGGGUCUACUUGGUCCCCUCUUACCGGCCAGCCAGGAGCGUUCUUACCUCAUAAAUGCAAAUUGCAGCCCACGGAAAAAGCACUCUACCUUACCUAUAGCAACGGAAUUGGUCCUUAUGACGGUACCGAUGGCGCUGUGUGGAGAUAUGAUCUGACCACGAGUGCGUGGACGAAUAUUACUCCAGUCAGUGGCUCUAACCUCUACUUCGGCUUUGGCGGACUCGGGGUCGACAUGUUGAAGCCGGGGCAUCUCGUGGUGGCCACCUUGAACUCAUGGUGGCCAAAUGCCCAAAUCUUCCGCUCGAAUAAUUCGGGUCUCACUUGGAGCCCUCUCUGGGAAUGGGCCAGCUAUCCCAGCACGAAUAACUACUACGGUUUGUCGACCUCGAAUGCCCCUUGGAUUGCAACCAGCUUUUGGGAUGUCACAAAUAAUGAACCCCUGGGGUGGAUGGUUGAGUCGCUUGAGAUUGAUCCUUUUGACAGCAAUCACUGGCUCUACGGGACCGGUUUGACUAUUAUGGGAGGCCAUGACUUGACCAACUGGGAUACCGUCCACAACGUCUCCAUCGCCACUCUAGCCAAUGGAAUCGAAGAAAUGGCCGUUACAGGACUGGUAUCCGUGCCAGGUGGCUCUGAACUGCUGGUCGCAGUUGGUGAUGAUAGCGGAUUCACCUACCUGUCUUCGAGCAACCUCGGAACUGCGCCGUCAACCAAUUGGAUGAGUCCGGAAUUCACCUCGAGUACCAGCGUUGACUAUGCGGGCCUCGCGGUGGCUGAUGUCGUCAGGUCAGGGAAUGCUGCGGGCACGCAACAGAUUGGAGUCUCCAGCAAUGGUGGGAGCACAUGGAGCAUCGACUAUGGAUCAAGUACUACAGCAUACGGCGGCACGGUGGCUUACUCUGCCAGCGGUGACACAGUUCUCUGGUCUACGGCCAGCCAAGGAGUCCUACGCUCUCAGUAUACAAACAGUUUCGCUAGUAUAUCUGGUCUGCCCGCCACUGCUCUUAUCGCCAGCGAUAAACAAAACGAUAGUUAUUUCUACGCCGGUUAUGCUUCGACUUUCUAUGUCUCCUCCAAUAAUGGACAGACCUUUGCCGCAGGCGGGUCUCUUAGUGGCGCCAGCCAAAUCAACUAUGUUGUCGUCCAUCCGACCAUUGCCGGACAAGUUUACGUGAGCACGGACGCGGGCAUCUAUCUGUCAACCAACUUCGGAUCGAGCUUCGCGCUGUUGACUUCUGCUCUGAAGAACGUCUACGAAAUCGCCCUCGGCGUAGGCUCCGGGUCUACAUGGAACCUCUAUGCCUUCGGCACAGGAUCUGCUGGCAGCAAACUCUACGGCAGUGCUAACAACGGCAACACGUGGACCGAUCUCCAAGGCACCCAGAGCUUUGGUGCUAUCGACGGCUGCAAGCUUGCUGGCAGUGGUAAUGUUGCUGGUCAGGUCUACGUCGGCACCAACGGGCGUGGUGUUUUCUACGCCAAAGUCACUAUCACAGGUGGCUCCACAACUGCGACUUCGUCAACUUCUACCUCUAACGUGAAGACUACGUCUAUAUCUUCAUCCACACGCUCAUCAUCGACUACCAUCACCACGACGGCGACCACUCUGAGCACAACGACACAUUCUUCGACUGCGACAAGCUCGACCUCGACCGCCGCUUGCACGGUUGGCCAGUAUAGCCAAUGCGGUGGUUCGUCGUAUACUGGUUGCAUGAAUUGCGCAUCUGGAUACACAUGCCAGGUUCAAAACUCGUUUUACUCACAAUGCCUAUGAGUGAAAUAGUCAGGCGGUGGACUACGUCGAUGUAAAUAGCUUUUUGAAAGAAUGUAUAAAGUGGGAGAGAAGUCCUUUAAAAGUUUGCUUGAUAAAUAUCCACAGUUCCUACAAUUCCUAAAUAAAGUUGUCGU